GUCCGCGUUUCUUACAUAUUCAAUAAAAAACUUGCAGUCAGGGGUAUUCUAGCUAGGUGAGUUGCGGUGGUCCCAAGGGACUGCAAAUUUUGUUUUGGCAAAGUAAUAGUAUAUCCACCCACAGGGACCGCUCUGAUCCUUAACCUGUCAAAAAUUACUACCACAUCACAAAAGAAUUUACAUCUACUCUGUAGAAUUUAAAACAUUGUUUUGCAGCAUUUUCAACUUAAAUCAGGAUUCGAGAGAGUUCGCGAGUCUGCCUGUCUGUCCUGCGCGGGGGUGGCUUUCGUCAUCGGCAGGAUUCGAAGGCUGGGUCUGGAGGUGGCACUCGAUCACCUCAGGGGGCCCGCCUCGUAAUCGGAGGCGUUCGCGUCGAGAUCGAGGCGACCGGAUUGCGGUACCUCGGUCCCGUACUGGACGGUCAUUUGAGCUUCCGCGCUCACUUUGAAAGAUUAGGUCCCCGACUGAUGGUGGCCGCCGGCUCGUUGAGUCUGCUGUUGCCGAACGACGGGGGACCCGACGUGGUGGUGCGCCGCCUCUACACUUGGGUGGUGCGGUCGAUGAAACUGUACAGGGCUCCCGUGUGGUGCCACGCCCUAACCCUCAACAACGUUGCGGCUUUGCGACGUCCGCAGCGCGCGAUUGCAGUCAGGGCGGUUUGUUGCUGCGGAUUACGCGUGACGAUGCGUUCUCCGCUCCAGGGGGGAGCCGCGUCCCGGUGCGGCGGAAGUUCGGGCGUGGAAGCUCCAAUCUCGGCGUGCUGUACUCGAAGCGUGGUCUAGCCGACUGUGGGCGACGGACCGUCGAGACGAUCCGCCCGGUUCUCUCAGACUGGGUGAGUCAUGACCGAGGACGUCUUACCUUCCGGACUGAGCACACGCUCACGUACUGCCUCGAUUUCAAGGAGCAGCGCCGCGUCCUCGUUGCAAAAAUAGGACCGGACUUGUCGCUUCUGACCGUCGUGGCUACGAUGCUCGGCAGC